GAAGCGUCUCCAGAGCCCAGGUGGCACUGUCCAUGGCUGCUGACAUAACAACCCUGUGAUAGGGAGGAUUAGCCUCCAAGUGACCACCACCCGUGCAUCUCUCUGUCCAUCCUGCUGGCUCCGUGGCCUCCUCCAUCUGCUCAGCUGAAGCCACAGGGAGAAGACACUAUGACCUCCACCCUCACAGCCCUGCUCUGCCUCGGGCUGAGUGUGGGCCUCAGGACCCCAGUGCAGGCAGGAACCCUGUUCAAGCCCACCCUCUGGGCUGAGCCAGGCCCUGUGAUCCCCUGGGGGAGCCCCGUGAACAUCUCCUGUCAUGGGGCCCCAGGGGCCCAGGAGUAUCGUCUGGAGAAAGAGGGAAGCCCAUCAUCAUGGAAAAUACAGAAGCCACAGGAGCCCGGGGACAGGGCCGAGGUCUUUAUCACACACAUGACAGAGCAUGAUGCAGGGAGAUAUCAGUGUUACUACCUCAGCUCCAAAAACUGGUCAGAGCGCAGUGAUCCCCUGGAGCUGGUGAUGGUGAAUGGAUCCUACAGCAAACCCAGCCUCUCAGCCCUGCCCAGCCCUGUGGUGACCUCAGGAGGGAACGUGACCCUCCAGUGUGGCUCAGGGAAGGGAUUUGACAGGUUCAUUCUGACUAAGGAAGGAGAUCACAGGCUCUCCUGGACCCUGGACUCACAGCCACAGCCCAGUGGGCAGGUCCAAGCCCUGUUCCCUGUGGGCCCCGUGACCCCCAUUCACAGAUGGACAUUAAGAUGCUACGGCUGCUACAGGAAUAUAUCUCAGGUGUGCUCACCACUUAGUGACCCCCUGGAGCUCCUGGUCCCAGGUGAUUCUGGGAAGCCCUUUCUCCUGAGCCAGCAGGGCCCCAUCGUAGCCUCUGGACAGAACCUGACCCUCCAGUGUCGCUCUGAUGGCGGCUAUGACAGAUUCGCUCUGCACAAGGAGUGGGGACCGGACCUCCCCCAGAGCCUAGUCCUGCAACCCCAGGCUGGGCUCUCUCAGGCCCACUUUCCCCUGGACACUGUGAGCAGCUCCCACGGGGGCCGGUACAGAUGCUACAGUGGAUACAACCUCUCCUCUGAGUGGUCGGCCCCCAGUGACCCCCUGGACAUCCUGGUGGCAGGACACCUGCCUGACAGACCCUCCCUCUCGGUGCAGCCAGGCCCCAGGGUGGCCUCAGGAGUGAACGUGACCCUGCUGUGUCAGUCACAGAGCCCGAGGGACACGUUCCUUCUGUCCAAGGAGGGGUCAGCCGAUCCCCCCCUGCAUCGGGGAUCAAAGCACCGAGCUCGGCAGUACCAGGUGGAGUUCUCCAUGAGCCCUGUGACCUCAGUCCAUGGGGGCACCUACAGGUGCUACAGCUCAAACAGCUCCUCCCCCUUCCUGCUGUCACUGCCCAGUGAGCCCCUGCAGCUCCUGGUCUCAGGUGAGGGCCCAUGACCUUGUCUGCUGUGCUGUCAGCUCAGGGUCCUGUCCCCAGAACAAUCAUGGGCUGAAAGGGAGGGAGGGACUGUAGGGAUGGUCACCCAGAGGAGAUCUGCUCUUCAGACACCCCCUAUCCCCUCCCCACCCCUCCCCCUCACCUGGUCCAGAAGGUGCCAGGUGGGUGGUGGGAGGGACUUAGUGAGGACUCUGCCUGAGGUGGGCUUAAGGGUCAGC